AUGGACCCAGCAUCUAUCAGAUCAGGCAAACAGCGAGCAUCUCCGAUAGCAAAUAACCCAGAGGACUUCGGAUUGGGAGCCUGGGCGAAUGAACGUCCGUCAACUAUACUGACACGGUCGGAUAUUGAACAGGAAUUCAAGAGCCACAAUCGGGAUCCGGCGGAUUUUGAGGAGUUCUAUUUCAAUAAAUUAUUUGAACAAAUUCUUCGGGGCGAUAUGAGUUCGUUGAAUCUCAUCGGACUCUUUAGAGUCGAUGUCAAUAUGAUAUCAAGGCGCCAUGGAAGCCUUCUCUCUUGUGCCGCCAGAGUGGGGUAUACAGAUAUGGUUAGGCUUUUGCUCGAUGCAGGAGCGGAUGUGAAUUUGCAGUUUCCAUGCGGUGAUUACGGCAGUGCUCUCACUGCAGCGUGCGCGGGAGGCGAAAUGGAGAGUGUCAAGCUUCUACUCGACCAUGGUGCAGAUGUGAAUUUGCAGUUGACAUCUGGAAUAUAUGGGAGUGCCCUUGCUGCUGCAUCACACAACGACAAUUUGGAAGCAGUAAAGCUUUUAAUCACCAAUGGGGCAGUGGUUGAUCUUCAGCUUAAAAAUGGAGAAUUCGGAAGCGCUCUUGCUGCUGCUGCUAACAAAGCAGAUUUGAGGAUCAUCAAUCUUCUGCUCCAGGCAGGAGCAAAUCCUGCGCUUCCACUCUACAGUGGACCUUACGGAGAUGCUGUCUCAAAAGCAAUACAUGGGGGCAGUUCUGAACUCAUCCAAAUAUUCCUUCAAAGAGGGGCCUCUCUCGGCCCAAUGGGAAAAGUUUUAUUGAGGAGAAAAGUGUACGAGUCAAAAAAACUUGCCGAAAACCUAACAUAUAUGGGUGUUGAAGUCGAAACUUUUGACUCAACGUCAUUACAGCAAACAAUUUUUUGGGAGCUUCCAGCCGUUCUUUGGGAGCUUCCAGCCGUUCGUUGGAAGCCUCUAGCCGUGUUGAGCGAUGUGAAGGAUAGGAAAACUUGGCUGUUCGAUUAUGGGACGUCAGCCGCGUUGAGCGAUGUGAGGGAUAAGAAUACUUGGUUGUUCGAUUAUGGGACAUUGAUCAGGAAAGUGGACACAGUGGAGUUUGAUACACUGCACUGUUUCCUUGAAAGAUCAUACGGAGAUUUGGGGCCUCGGGUGUUGCAAGGCCUUGCCAGAGUGUCAUCGGACCAGGGGGGCUUUAUGCCAAAUGUUGAACAAGUUUCCUCGUGUCGGGGAUUGGAGUUGGGUUUUAAGAGCAUGCUCGGACUGUCGGCGGUCGAAUACCCAGUGCUAGUCAACUCUGGUAUCAUCCUCAUGGGUUACUCAACAGCGCUUGUUCCUAUCCGUGAGACGGAAGAUGGAAGGAUUCUGUGGCACUUGGAGAUAGCCCAGGAUGAUUUUCAAAUUAAGGUCGCCAAUCUCGAAGCAACACAAUAUGAGUGGCUCCAAACUGAAUCUUUGGACUACCUACAGUCAAAGAAAGCCCUGUUGGGAUGGUGCUCCCGAGCACAGAUUCUUCUCGGAACUGAUCGCUUGUCUCCUACUGUGACUUGGUCUUCCGCUCGCAACAAGCCCAUCACUUGGAAAUGGAAAGGGGCAAAUCUACAGGGCGUUUUUCAAACUGCUUCGCCGGUACAGAUCGGUCUUCAAGCCGGAGGUUCUUUUGAACGAACGACCAACAGCCUUCGAUUUGAUCCGUCCGCGAUGUAUCUGAAGUGCCUGCGAAACAGCGCCGUGGAGCAAAUCAUCCUGUACGAUGUUCGCGAGAAGAGAGCCUGGAUGGUCCCGUUGCUCUCCGUCUUGCACCAUAUGCUGUUGGUCUAUACGCACUCCGUGGAAAAAGACUCACUAGUAUCGAACGCUCCAAAGGCCGAUCUUCGAGCAAGUAGCCCACUAGCAUCAUUGAACGCUUUACGGAACAAAGGCAAUAUGGUAAUCGAGGGAUCGGGGAUACACACUCUCACAGUUGCCCAACUCAUCAUGAAGUUUUCAAUCAACAUGGGCAGAUUAUCCCCACAAAAGCCCAAGCGAUCCACGAUAUACGGAUAUGAAUUCAUGGACAUUGUGAUGGACUCGACUCGAUCUGAGCUCAAAAAAGAGCAUCUGGAAAAGGAAGGCUUGGCCUGGUCGUCUCUUCUGGGUGAAAUCAAUUGUCUCUUCUGUUCUGGUCUUGGGGAGGCAAUCUUUGGUGACCGUGCCCGCAAUACGUCCUCGGCCUGCAAUAUAUUACCGAAAGGCAAUGAUUUCCUAGCUGCAUCAAUGCAGAGCAUAGAGAGGUUAUCCAUGAGACAUGGUGGCAGCGACCAAAUGGACAUUCGUCGAUUAUCACACGAUCACUUUUGGCAAUUGAAUGGAACCCCAUUCAAGAAAUGUGAUCAUGAAACCCACCAGGGUUCUUGCUGGCGAUCCCCUGAGUUUCUACAAGAGAUUCAAACUCGCAAAUCUUCUAGUCGAUCCAAUGACCAGAUUGUCUACCAUUAUGCCCACGGCGCCUUGGUUUUCGGUUCAUCGGUGAAUUCGAGACCGGCCGAUCAAGCUUCAGUGCCACUGGCUUUCCUACAAGGCAACCCUGCACGUGGGAACACUCGCGUCUUUCAACCGCCUCGGGUGAACAACGUGUAA